UGCAUGUAAACCCCGACCGACCUCCCGACGCAGCGGUGCUACUAUUCAAGUGAAUAACCUUAGAAAAAAAAAAGCGCCGAGCUUUCGUCUCGGAUGGUUCAACGGCUUCCCAUUCGGUUUUUUGGAUCCUGUUCCCGACGCGAAAUGCUGCACCUAUUAACGGACUAACGAUCCUGGCAGGCAAUUAAAUCGCUCCUAUCUUUUCUUGCAACAUUGUUGCACCGCCUCGGCUAUUGACACGCGUUGUGGUGGUGGUGGUGGUUCAGACUGCUGGAGGGACCGAAGGCCUGUGGUCGUUUUGAUCCUGGACUGAUGUUUUGGACAACCUGAGUUUUAAUGUUCGCGACGGAAAGCGGGGGAAAUCUCUGUCCUGUAUUUAAAACGGAACAUGUCUUUUUCAUGGCUGACUUGUUCACUUCUUCUGGGAACUUUAUGCGCAGGGUACAGUCUGGGCGAAGCAGAGACCCGGGAGUGUGUGUACUACAAUGAUAACUGGCGUACGGAGAGGACCAACCAGAGCGGCUUCGAGCGCUGUGAGGGGGAGAAGGACAAGCGACUGCACUGUUAUGCCUCCUGGCUCAACUCCUCAGGGACCAUCAAGCUGGUGAAGAAGGGCUGCUGGCUGGACGACUUCAACUGCUAUGACAGGCAAGAGUGUGUCUCCAUGGAGGAAAACCCUCAGGUCUUCUUCUGCUGCUGCGAGGGCAACUACUGCAAUGAACGAUUCACCCACCUUCCUGAUAUGAUUGGCAGUGGCAACCGAGUGAAAAUCCGGCCUCCACCCCGCGUGCCGUCCCUGCUCAAUGUCCUGGUGUACUCCCUGCUGCCUCUCUGUGUGCUGUCCCUGGCCCUUGUUCUGGCCUUGUGGAUGUACCGCCACCGCAAACCUCCCUAUGGCCAUGUAGACCUUAGCGAGGAUCCAGGACCCACUCCUCCAUCCCCGUUGGUGGGUCUGAAACCUCUGCAGCUGCUGGAAAUCAAAGCUAGGGGGCGCUUUGGUUGUGUUUGGAAGGCCCAAUUGAUGAGCGAAUAUGUUGCUGUAAAGAUCUUCCCUGUUCAGGAUAAGCAGUCAUGGCAGAAUGAGCGGGACAUUUUCAUGACUCCGGGGAUGCGACAUGAAAACAUCUUGCGUUACAUCGGUGCAGAAAAACAUGGAACCAACCUUGAGACGGAGCUGUGGCUCAUCACAGAGUUUCAUGAGAGGGGCUCACUGACAGACCACCUGAAGGGUAACACUGUGACCUGGAGUGAGCUAUGUCACAUAGCAGAGACCAUGUCCUGCGGCUUGGCCUACCUCCAUGAGGACAUUCCCAGCUACAAGGGAGAGGGGCCAAAACCCACUAUUGCACACAGGGACUUCAAGAGUAAGAAUGUGAUGCUUCGAGAUGAUUUAACUGCAGUGAUUGGAGACUUUGGGCUUGCUGUACGAUUUGAACCAGGAAAACCUCCAGGAGACACUCAUGGCCAGGUGGGUACGAGGCGUUACAUGGCUCCAGAGGUGCUAGAGGGAGCCAUCAACUUCCAACGAGACUCCUUCUUGAGGAUAGACAUGUACGCCAUGGGCUUGGUGCUGUGGGAGCUGGUGUCCCGCUGCUCAGAGACCGACGGUACAGUUGGCGAGUACAUGCUGCCGUUUGAGGAUGAAAUAGGCCAGCAUCCCUCCCUGGAGGAUCUGCAGGAUGUGGUCGUGCACAAGAAGAUGCGUCCAGUCAUCAAGGAGUGCUGGCUCAAACAUCCUGGUUUGAGCCAGAUGUGCGAGACCAUCGAGGAAUGCUGGGACCACGACGCAGAGGCACGAUUGUCAGCCGGCUGCGUCGAGGAGCGCAUCGGCCAAAUCGCCAGGAUGAUCAGCAGCACUACCUCAGACAGCCCUGUCUCCAUUGUGACGUCUCUCACCAACGAGGACCUACCUCCCAAAGAGUCCAGCACCUGAACGGGUGACACCAUCCUUCACCUGAGCUCCUGACUUUUUAUUUCUCAAACCCAAACUCAGCGGAUCUCCGUGAAUAUUUAAAAACAUAAAAAAAAAACAAAACAACUAGCAACUUGAAUGCAGCUGCUAUCUUAUCCCAAUACUGGUAUUUUUUCUGUUUUAAUGUUUUCAGUGUUUUCAGUGUCGGAUCAUACUAACACAUCCAUCUGCUGUAGUUUUGAAGUAGUAAUAAGCUAUGCGAUGGGCACAUCUGAUAACACCCAUGUGUCAAAUCUUAAAUGUUGUCAUUACCUCAUGUAUUUCUUUUGUGUUAGUCUAUUUUUUAUUACCUCAUGAGUUGUUUUCGUUUUCCUGUCUUGGUCAUGAUCGUCUGUGGCCAAAUGAUAUGAAUCUUUGCUCCAAACCUCGGACGACGUGCUGCACACCUCGGAGGAACCAUUUUGAGACUGUUAGACAAAAUAUAUUCAUCUUCCUCAGGGGUCGAAGCUUCUCGAUUUUUAAACUCGAGUGUGCUCCCUUAUUUUAAACCUGUGAAUGCCUCAGAUUGAAAAAAAGAUUUUAAAAAAUCGGAGCACAGCUGUUUUAUCGUAAGGGAGAGAGCUGAAAUGGAAGCUGAACAGUUGGACAUUUUGAACUUUUUGAAGAUUUGGGACAAGUGUCUUGUCCCCGGGGAACUACCUCUCAGGUAUCCAGUAGGCUUCUUUGGAACAUUUUCUCUAAUUUGAGAGCAAAGCUAUCCAGCUAGCUAUCAUGGACAUAUUCCUGGAUUUUUUUUUUUUUUUUUUUUAAUUGUAGAAAUUCAGAGUUACUCCUUUGCCAGUGCCAGGGGCAUUGACGGAUGCUGUCUGGAGUUGCAAUGUUACACAUUUUUGAUUUUAACUGUCUGUGUGUGUGUGUGCGAGCAUGUGUGUGGGAGUGUGUGUGUGUGUAUGUAUGUGUGUCUGUGUGCGCGCACCCGCGUGCAUGAGUGUGAGGAAUUUGAAGACUAAAUGAUAUGAGAUGGAUAGAGAGUGUUUUUAAAGUAAGAACCAUGGACAGGUAGUUGGGGUUUAUCCUUGUGAGGGCCAUACUUGAGUAAGCAACAUGUCUGUUUUUAAUUUUCAUGGGUGUUUGUUCAAUAGACUCAGCCGGACACCAGUCCCCAGAUACCUCAGUCACUGUAUGUCAUGCAAGGAGAGCUCAAAUGGUUGCCUUUGUCUCAAAUGCAAUGCCAUAGUUGUACCAUAACAUGAAUACCAUACAUUGAAUGUCCGUUAUGCUGCUGUGACUAUUCCAGGAUACUCAAGGAUUUGUAGAUGUACAUGUAUUCUUUGUUAAUAUAACGCUAACAUGUGAUAACUAUCCAUGAUAUUAUGUGAGGCUAAUAUUCUGUUUUUGUGUUUUAUGACUGGGUAAGCCCUCAGCUGCUUACUCCUCCAGACUGACCUCAGAUAUUCUGACAAGUACCUCAGGCUUUUUUCUACAUGUAUAUCAAGUUGUGUUAUGUAUUUUAUUGUGUUUUAGUAGUUGAGAUAUUUUAUUGCCGGUUGGGCCUCUUUGUCUGUGGAGAUUUUUCUUUUUUUUAAAUAGAGCCUGACCAGUCGUCACGGUGUUAAUGCUGUACAAACCUAAAAGAAGAGAGGCAGAUUCUUGUAAAUAGACGUGCACACACAGUUGCAGAACACUGAUCUGUUUUAUAAAAAAAAUAAUAAAAUCAGCGCAUUACAGUUCUCAUUUCACAGAAACAGAAAGGGAUUUCUCAGUUUCACCUCUACAUAUUUAAAAGUCAUUUGGGCAACUAGCCCUGGGAUUUUUUUUUCAACACACACACACACACACACACACACACCUCAGUUCAUUAGGAAUACCUAGCUUAAACUAAAGCAGUCCAAUACAACAGACUUGUAAGACAUCCUCCUUCAUGCAGGUUUAAGUGUUCACUUUUUGUAGUGUGUGGUGCUGUUAACUGCAUUGCAUUAUGUAGACUAAACAACAGACACACCUCUUUGUAUAAUGGCAUACAGUUAAACAGCAGCACAAACUACAUCCUCCAAAAUGAUCAUGAAGUUGAAUCAACAUGUCUUUAACACAGAAUCCACAAAAACUGAACAUUAGAGCCUCAUGAAGGAGAUUAGACUGGAUUAGACUGCAGGAGAUUAGCGAGGUGUUCCUAAUAAACUGUCACCUGAGUGAGCUUAUGUAUGUAUAUCUAUGUGUGUGUGUGUUUUUCAAGAAUGGUAGAUGUGUUACUGAUUUCUAUGAUUCAUGGUAUCAGUUCCUCUGGAUCAGAAGCUGUGUAGGUAGCACUGCAUCAGAAAGCUUAGUGAAUAUUAUCAAAAAAAAAAAAAUAAAGAGCAACAA